UCCACAGUGCGCACUACGGUGCAGGAGAGAAAGGAAACGACAGUGGCGGAACGCAAAGAGCUUAUGUCUAACGUAGCUAGACAAGGGACUUAGUGUGCCCUGGCGUCUCUCACUUCUCCGGUAGAGCGUUUGCCCAAAUAUCACUGCAAAAUGGGAAGAGUCGGCUGUGUUUUUUGUACCACGACCUUGGAUGAAUGUGUCGCGUAAUGCGACCGAAAAGAGUUGCCUUUUGGGGGAUACAUUUAUGUUUUGGGGCGGAUAUUUUUUUACGAGAGUAGCUAGUUGCUAGUUCUGGCUAGCGGCUGUCAGGGUACUUGGAACGUAUUUUUGCAAGGAUGCUACGAUGGAUACGACAGCAGCUGGGUUUUGACCCCCCCCAUCAAAGUGACACUAGGACAGUUUAUGUAGCAAACCGUUUCCCCCAGCAUGGUCACUAUAUACCUCAACGUUUUGCUGACAACAGAAUCACAUCAUCGAAGUAUACUGUUUGGAAUUUUGUCCCCAAGAAUCUGUUUGAGCAGUUCAGAAGGAUAGCGAACUUUUACUUUCUCAUCAUCUUCCUUGUACAGUUAAUGAUUGACACCCCAACUUCCCCAGUCACAAGUGGUCUGCCUCUUUUCUUUGUGAUUACAGUUACUGCCAUAAAACAGGGCUAUGAGGACUGGCUGAGACACAAGGCUGACAAUGAGGUGAACGGAGCUCCUGUGUUUGUUGUUCGCAGCGGAAGCCUGGUCCAGACGAGAUCCAAAAACAUCAGGGUGGGGGAUAUUGUACGCGUGGCUAAAGAUGAGACAUUUCCAGCUGAUCUGGUGUUACUGUCAUCAGACCGUUCAGAGGGCACCUGUCACAUUACCACUGCCAGCCUUGAUGGGGAGACUAAUCUUAAGACACACUACUCUGUGGCAGAGACAUCUGUAUGUCAGUCGGUUUCCCAACUCGAGACCUUGCAGGGUAUUGUGGAGUGUCAGCAACCAGAAGCUGACCUGUACAGGUUUGUUGGUCGAAUAACAGUGACUCACCAUGGGGAGGACAUUGUCAGACCACUGGGUCCUGAAAACUUGUUGCUACGAGGGGCCAGGUUGAAAAAUACCAAAGAGAUAUUCGGUGUAGCUGUUUAUACAGGGAUGGAGUCAAAAAUGGCCCUUAACUAUAAAUGCAAGUCACAAAAACGCUCUGCAGUAGAAAAAUCUAUGAAUACCUUCCUAAUCAUCUACCUGGGCAUCCUACUGUCAGAAGCUGUGCUCAGUACCAUUCUAAAGUAUGCUUGGCAGGCUGAGGACAAAUGGGACGAGCCUUUUUACAACCUGAAGACUGAUCAAGAGAAAAACAGCAGCCCGAUCUUGAAAUUCAUCUCAGACUUCUUGGCAUUCCUGGUCCUCUACAAUUUCAUCAUUCCUAUCUCACUCUAUGUUACUGUGGAGAUGCAGAAGUUCCUUGGAUCCUUUUUCAUAGGCUGGGAUUUAGACCUCUACCAUAAGGAGAGUGACCAGAAAGCUCAAGUCAACACCUCAGACCUCAAUGAAGAGCUUGGACAGGUGGAGUAUGUGUUUACCGAUAAGACAGGCACGUUAACAGAAAAUGAAAUGCAAUUCCGUGAGUGUUCGAUCAAUGGAAACAAAUUUUGGGAAGUUAAUGGCAAACUGGUGCCUGAGGGUCAAACUAAUGAUUCACCUGAUGGCUCUGCACCUAAUUUGGUCAGAGAGGAAUUGUUAUUUCUCAAAGCAGUGUCACUGUGCCACACAGUCCAAAUCAGCUAUGACCAACCAGACUGCAUCUCCACAGCAGGAGACCCAUUCUCCCAUGUUAACGGGUUUUCGUCCAAUGAAAUGGAAUAUUAUGCUUCUUCGCCAGAUGAGAAAGCUUUAGUAGAGGCAGCAAAAAGAAUUGGUGUGACCUUUACUGGUAUCAGAGGUGAUACAAUGGAAAUCCAAAUAUUCGGCAAACCAGAGAAGUAUAAAUUGCUCCAUGUGUUAGAAUUUGAUGCAAACCGCAGAAGGAUGAGUGUCAUACUUGAGACCCCUUCAGGUGGCAAAGUUCUGUUUACCAAGGGAGCAGAGUCAUCUAUUCUUCCUUUCGCCACGAGUGGUGAGAUAGACAAGACAAGAAUUCACGUAGAUGAGUUUGCCUCGAGAGGGUUGCGAACCCUAGUAGUAGCAUGUCGCCAUUUCACCUCAGAGGAGUACGUUGAAGUGGACAGGCAUUUGAACAGUGCCCGCACUGCGCUGCAGCAGAGGGAAGAGAGACUGCAAGAUGCCUUCAGCUACAUCGAAAAAGACCUACAACUCCUUGGAGCAACAGGCGUGGAAGACAGGCUCCAAGACAAAGUUCAGGAGACCAUUGAGGCUCUGCGUCUGGCAGGAAUUAAAGUGUGGGUGCUGACAGGCGAUAAACAUGAGACAGCAGUCAGCGUCAGUCUGUCCUGUGGUCACUUCCACAGAACCAUGAACAUCCUGGAGCUCCUACAGCAACGCUCUGACAAUGAGUGUGCUGAGCAGCUCCGUAGACUGUCGAGAAGGAUCAAAGAGGACCAUUUCCUACAGCAUGGAUUGGUUGUAGAUGGAGCCAGUUUAUCUUUAGCAUUGAGGCAACAUGAAAAGCUCUUUAUGGAAGUUUGUAAAAACUGUUCUGCUGUGCUUUGCUGUCGUAUGGCCCCGCUACAGAAAGCAAAGGUGGUGCGUCUUUUCAAAAGCUCCCCAGAGAAACCAAUCACAUUAGCUAUUGGAGACGGUGCCAAUGAUGUCAGUAUGAUUCAAGAAGCCCAUGUUGGCAUAGGAAUUAUGGGAAAGGAAGGUCGCCAGGCUGUGAGAAACAGUGACUAUGCAAUUGCCAGAUUUAGAUUUCUUGCAAAACUGCUGUUGGUCCAUGGUCACUUCUACUAUAUUCGAAUAGCCACACUUGUACAAUACUUUUUCUAUAAGAAUGUGUGUUUUAUCACGCCGCAGUUUUUAUACCAGUUCUUCUGCCUGUUUUCACAGCAAACUCUGUAUGACAGUGUUUACCUGACACUGUACAACAUCUGCUUCACCUCACUGCCCAUCCUUGUGUACAGUCUGUUUGAACAGCUUGUUCAUCCACACGUCCUGCAGAGUAAACCAGUCCUCUACAGAGACAUCAGCAGGAAUUCUUUGUUAUCUUUCCGAACGUUCCUCUAUUGGACUAUCUUGGGGUUCUGUCAUGCUUUUGUCUUUUUCUUUGGAUCGUACAUGCUGAUGGGCGAAGAUACUACACUUAUGGGCAAUGGUCAGAUCUUGCGAGCUAACAGGCAGCUGAUGUUUGGUAACUGGACUUUUGGAACGUUGGUCUUUACAGUCAUGGUCAUCACUGUCACUUUAAAGCUCGCAUUGGAAACUCAUUUCUGGACAUGGAUGAAUCAUUUUGUGACAUGGGGUUCAAUAGCCUUCUAUUUCAUCUUCUCUCUCUUCUAUGGAGGAAUCAUCUGGCCAUUUCUGCACACCCAGGAUAUGUAUUUUGUGUUUGUCCAACUGCUAUCCAGUGGCUCUGCCUGGUUUGCUAUCAUCAUCAUCAUUAUAACGUGCCUCUUUCCAGAUGUUGUGAAGAAGGUGUUCUAUCGACAUCUGCUGCCCACCAGCACACAGAACAGUCAGAUGUUUUCCAACUGUGGGGUAAUGGGUGAUGACUUCAUCUCUCUUCAACCUCUGUCCAGAUCCAAGAAUCCACUGGGCAAAAUUAGUCUUUAUCAGCCCCCCAGGCCCUCGGCUGUGUGGAGUCCUUGUGCUGCUACCAACAUGGGCGGAGCGGCUGUUCCCGCCUGGUCCACCUCCUGGAGCAAAUGACUGGACAGUGCCCAACCACCAGCAACCACUGCGACGUCUCCAGCAACAGGUGUUGGGCUGAUGCGGACAACUUCUACUCCAACGAUCGGAGCGUCCUGACGCUGUCUCCAAUCGAGGUCACCCACUGCUGAGAUGACCCCGCCCCACCCCCGACUCCCCACCCAAUACAUACACACUCACCCCUACAGCUCAAUCGGAGCUGUGAAUGAAGCCAAAGGACAGUUGUGCACCUUAAAACGGUUGACGGUCCUCAGCAGCAUGAGAACCUUAGAGGAAAAAACUGCUUGAAGGACAUUAAACACUCCAUGAGUUUAGUCCAGAUCGUCGACGUCCAGUGAGGUCAAUAUGUUAGUGUACUCUUUGUCUUCACUAGUCGAACGACUGUGUUACAAGUCAAGUUCCCACCCACCCCACUACUAUUCUCCAUUUGAGCAACAUUUUUUGCACAUUAGUAGUACAAACGUUUGUGUACUAGUAGUUCAACUCCAUGCUGCUAGAGAGGUGGAACUCUGCACGUGUUGCCUUCUGCACACAAGUAGUAAUACUCAUACGCCCAUUGAUAGAAUUUUGUCUCUAGUUGUACUAGUAGCAAUAGUUAACAUCUGUGCCACUAUACUAAUAAAGGGGUAGACGUUAACUUGUAGAAUUUUGUCACUAUCUACACUAGUUGUAUUAGUUGACAGUUGUUCUACUUAAGUGCAUGAUGUCAUAUACUACAACGGUAUAAAGUCAGAAGUCAUGCGAGUUGACAUCUGCAUUCUACUAGUGAAGCACUAGAUGUUAACUUGUAAAAUGUCACUGGUUGCAUUGACUUCUGUACACUACUAGUACUAUACCACUACCAAUUAAGACCUUGGUGUUUACUCGUAGAAAUGUUUAGUGGUACUAAUUAAUAUCUGGGUUACUAGUGAAACCCUUGGAUGUUAACUAGUAGAUUUUAUUACUGGUAGCACUUGACAUCUGUGCAUUACUGGAACAACCAGGGAAUCGGUAAGUAUUUGACAUGUCACUUGUUUGCAGUUUUGGUAGACAUUGGCAAAUAGUCCUUUAUGUUAAUUAGUAGAAAUUUGAGACCACAAGUACAAAUCAACAUCUGGGUGCUAAUAGUGAAGUGCUAGAGGUCAGCUAUUAGAAUUUGAUCAUGUCACCAGUAGUACUAUUUGCACAAGUUGAUAUCGGCGCAGUACUUGUAGUGUCACUAGUAGUACUAGUUGACAUCUGCGUUCCAAGUGAAGAUAUGUGCAGAAAAUGGAUACAAUAGUAGAGUCAGUAGUGGAAAAUUGUUGUUCUACCGAUAUGUCUUACUAGUGAGGACAAAGUGUACUAGUACGAAUGGACCGGAAAGUGAAGGCAGUCGAUGUGUAAAUGUCUUUCCUUGUACUCUCCCAUCCUAAAUUUUAUCGAUCUCAGAGAUACUCCAGCAAACGGCGCAUUUGAACGAGCCGCCACAGGACUCACUUGCGUCGUAUCUCUUCCCAAAAACUAAGCUCGCCUUAGCGUUGCCAUCCACACGUUCGUUCCAGGGACCAGCGGGCACAUCACCAUCCCCUCGUUCCUUUGGACCACCACUGCUGGCCAGGCCCAAAUCCUUCUUGUGGACCUCCACACUGAUACCAAAGAGUUAUUUUUGUGCCUACUUCCACACACACUCGUGCUGCUUUCUCGUCAUUACGCUGUUAAUAAAGCCAUAUGUUUGUUUGUUUUUUCCCAGAAAGCCCCCUUCUUAUUUUUCAAUGAUUGAAGGUAGUGUAAAUAGAUUGCGGCUGUUGUGUUUAUUGCCGUUUUACUCAUUUUGGCCACAGGUUUCUGUAUGUCUCCACACUCCAACAAAAAAGUUCUGCUCCAUCCUUCCCUUCCUUUAUGUCUAAUCAAUCGCGGUUCGGAACAGUCGCAACUCGUGCACUUAAGAGUCACGGACACUUGACAGACGAAUGUUUAUCGGAGUUUGAACGUCAUUGCGUUAAAAUCAUGUCGAUCAUUCUUCAAUCAUGCUUUAUUUGAUUUUUUUCAGCAUUCGUAUUUGUGUUGCAUCCCACCUGGUUUUGACAGCUGUGCAUGUUGGUGUACAUGUGCAAUGGUCACAUUGUUUUGUUUAGGUGUGAAAAUAAAUCAUGUGUGAGUUCAGAAACCCUACAAGACAACCGUUUUAAACUUGAUUGCUGCCACAUGAUGAGUUAUGGUUUUGAAUGUUUCCAUGUGCUGGAAAACAACCAAAUUGCGGUGUUUGUGCUGUUGUUCUUUUGGUGAAAUGAUUGCUCUUGAUGUCUCCCUGUUGAUUUUGUUUGUUCUAUAGUAGCAGUAUAUCAAUGAGCUGAUUGCAAUCUGAAUAAAACAUUAGGUACGAACAUAUUUUUGAAUUUCACCAAACUUCUACUUUUCCACAUGUACCUCCGGCCAUGCUGACCAUAGUAUAUUUUUUCAACCAGUUGACCUCAUUGAAGCAAGUGAAAAGCAUUGCAAGAUAGACUAAUUGCAAUUUGUCAUAGUUGAAAGGGACAUUGUGACUUUUUUUUUUGGGGGGGGGCGUGGGGGCAUGAAGGUCACUUGUCUAACAUGCUUGUCAUUUUUCUUAAAUUACACCCUUCGGCCUGAAUGAAUAAGAUAUAUCAACCUGUGAUAUUUCUAAAUCAAAACCAUGAGAAAGCUAAGGUUGUAGUUACUAAAGUUGUUUGAAUAUACAAAAAAAAAAGCAUUCCUUAGAAAAGCAGGUGAAUUACACAUGUGUUAAAGAUCUCUGAGAGGUGUUGGCCAUUCCUCAUCUGAGGAGCCAAAUAGGCCAAUGCAACAUACAGUACAGUAUAUCAUUUUUGUUUCUAAGUAUCAAAGGAGAGCAGAAGACUGUUAUGGCAUCACAUAAGGCUCCAUCGCUAUUUCUAGGAGUCCAUUACUCAACCAUGUCAUCAAAUGGUCAUUAAUCCAUUUAAAGCACUUUCUAAUUAAACAGUGAUAUCUUGGUAGUAGUGCAGUACCAUCUACUGAUGACAAGUCAAAUUAGUCUAUGUGUUCAGGGUGCCUCUAGAGUGACGUAACAGUGUCAAGUGAUCCAGAACUGCUCAAUUCAUUGGGCUGAAAAUCAAAAUUUGUUUAGGAAGUGGCCUACAUUAAAUGAGAUGGCAAAAUGAAAAUGUCAACCAGUGUGUAUUGCGCAUAAGAGCACAGCUGAUUUUAAUCAGUAUGUAUGUGUGUUGGUUAACUGGAAAUCAUUUUUAUUAAUGCAAUCCAACAUCACUCCUGUUAGGUGAUGCCUUUUGGUUGUUAUUCCUCUUUUCUGCAAUAUUGUCUUACAGCUAAUGUUUAUGAAAAUGCUGUUCUAUUUAUGUAAUAAAUAAAUUUUUAAGAAA